UGUAGUAUCAUGUCGUCAACAACUGAAAGUUCUACGGAUGAUUCAGAGGAAAACACAGGUUUUUGCUGUAUGCAUACAAUUUCGACUCACAGUAAGGUAAUAUCUUUUAGUGGCAAGAGUUACAGAAAAUUCAAGGAAUGUGUAGAUCUUUGGAAGAACGUCAGUUUUGGGUUUGAACUAGAAAAAAAAGUUGCUGCGAAUGCGGUCAACCUCAACUUCGACUCGUUCGAGCAGCAGACAGAGCAGGACUCGUCCGGCGCCUCGGGCGGAGGAGUGUACCAUGGAGGUGUUCGAACUGCAACAAGUUCAACAAAGAAGAGGUGUGUUCAACCAGGAUACCAUGCGGGCUGCUACAGGCACUUCUGCAACAUUACAACAAUCAAGCGAGCACAGAUCAAGGCAAAGAAGAAACAAGGUACGCUACAUAUAUAGCAAUAGUGGGAAAAUGUAUUUUUAUUAUUAAUAAAAGUUGUAAACAAAUUGUUCUGUAAAGAAUAAAAUAUAUAUAAACAUA